CGCUGAAGAGCUGUCCUGCGGUGCGUCCUGCUUGACCUAAGCAGCGCUCCCAGCAUCCGUGCCUUUCCCUGCAGCCCAGCUGUGAGACAGCAGCGCUCCACGCACCGCCGCGAGCGUCGUCUUUCACCCGGUCUGUGAAAGGAAACCUGCACCACCGAGAAAAUGAGAUGAAACUGUCUGAGAGUGUGUGCUGCAUACCCCUGCGUCUUUUGGGGGGAAAUUCUGGAUGUUCUGGGUGUCAUUGCCCUAAAAAACAACUUGGUGCCCUUUAGGAAGCAUACUAGAAAAUGUUCCUGACUCGAAGAAAGAGACUUCAGCUUAGCCGGAUAAUAUUACUUCUGUCUGGGGUUUUCCUUUGUUCUUUAUAUCAGCUCACUAUUAGAGCAAGACUACCAGAACCCUGGUCUGAGCCCCAAAUAGCAGGAAAACCUGAGGAUGGCUCUGAUCCUGGCUCUGGAUGGUCAGAUAUGACAGUGCUUCCGACUAAUUUGACCACUGCUGAGCCAAAUAGCUCCAACCACACAGAUAGCGUCCAGUCGUCAGAACCAGCAACAAAUGUAUCCAUCCAAACUAUCUCUAGAACAGAGACACCUACAACAACCACAAACAGUACAGUCAACCAAUGCAUCUUUGUGGAUCCAGACCUUCCAAAACCCACCCCAGUUCCUACGGCAACCGACACGACAACUGUAGUGCCCAACACUACAGCGCCCAGACCUGGUGAUGCACCACACAUGAAGGGCGUACCGGAGGACAUCUUCUCCAUUGAGGAUCGACGCAAAGGCUGGGUUGUUCUACACAUCUUUGGAAUGGUAUACAUGUUUGUUUCUUUGGCCAUAGUCUGCGAUGAGUUUUUCGUUCCUACGUUGGGAGUCAUAACAGACAAACUGGAGAUCUCAGAUGAUGUGGCAGGGGCGACGUUCAUGGCUGCUGGAGGCUCUGCUCCCGAACUCUUCACUUCCUUGAUCGGGGUCUUCAUUUCUCAUAGCAAUGUGGGCAUUGGAACUAUCGUAGGCUCGGCUGUCUUCAACAUCCUGUUUGUGAUUGGAAUGUGUGCGCUGUUCUCGGAGAUGCUUCACCUCACCUGGUGGCCUCUUUUUCGGGAUGUUUCUUUCUACAUUCUCGAUCUCAUCAUGCUCAUCAUCUUCUUCUUGGACAAUACUAUUAUGUGGUGGGAGAGUAUGAUGCUGGUGGGCGGGUAUGCCGUCUAUGUUUUCUUCAUGAAAUACAAUGUUCAGAUUGAGCGGGCCUUUAAGUCUCAACUCAGGAAACACAAGAACAUCGUCAAAGUUAUUGCGGUCGAAGAACCUGAGAAGGACAAUGGGACCUCAGGCGAAGAGAACAGGCCACCUGAACCAGAAGACAAGAAUAGAUUAAAGCUGAAGCCCACACUGCAGCGCGGGGGCAGUUCUGCCUCUCUGCACAACAGCACCAUGAGGAACACCAUCUUUCAGCUGAUGAUUCACACACUGGAUCCUCUUGGAGAGGUGAAAUUUAAAGACAAGGCUCAGAUUUUGAACGACAUGGCCCGGGGGAAAGUAGAGAACAAAAAGAAGGAAAAAUCUGGUGAAGGUGAUGAUCAGACGGAACAGUCCAAGGAUUCCAAAGACUCAGCUCCAGGAGCCAAGGAGGAAGAGGCUAGUCAAAAGCCUGAGGCACAAAAGGAAGGAGACACUGCAGCAGGAGGAGGAUCAGAAAAGCCAGGAGGUUCAGAUGAUUCAGGGGAUGAUGAAGAUGACAGUGACGAAGACAGCGAUGAAGACAGCGAUGAUGACGAUGAUGAUGAUGAGGAUGAAAAUGAGGAUGAGGCUGGAGAGGAAGGAGAAAAUGAUGAACCUCUGUCAUUAGAGUGGCCAGAUACCAGACGCAAACAGGCCACAUAUUUGUUUCUGUUGCCCAUUGUCUUUCCACUGUGGCUGACAGUUCCAGAUGUCAGAAACCCUGCAUCCAAGAAGUUCUUUGUCAUCACUUUCCUUGGUUCAAUAGUAUGGAUUGCUAUAUUCUCCUAUCUUAUGGUGUGGUGGGCACAUCAGGUGGGUGAGACCAUUGGCAUUUCUGAGGAAAUCAUGGGUCUUACCAUUCUGGCCGCAGGAACAUCCAUUCCUGAUCUUAUCACCAGCGUGAUUGUGGCUCGAAAAGGCUUAGGAGACAUGGCUGUCUCGAGCUCUGUAGGCAGCAACAUAUUUGACAUCACCAUGGGGCUGCCGGUGCCCUGGCUGAUGUACUCAUCUUUUCAUUCACUGGCGCCGGUGCCCGUGAGCAGCAAUGGGCUGUUCUGUGCCAUUGUGCUGCUCUUCCUCAUGCUCCUCUUUGUCAUUAUCUCCAUCGCUGCCUGUAAGUGGAGGAUGAAUAAAGUGUUGGGAUCCACUAUGUUCAUCCUCUACUUUGUGUUCCUGGUGCUCAGUGUCAUGCUAGAGGAUCGAAUCAUCAUAUGUCCUGUGUCCAUCUGAGCAAACCUGUUGAUACAGUCCUGGCAUUUGAAACGCUCUGAACUGUAACUUCACACAUAUUAAAAGCAUCUCUGGACUCGCUGUUGACUUAUUCUGUAUUUUGCAAGAUCUUUUGUAAAGGGAUGCAAUAACUGGCCAUCAUUUCCAAACUAUGUUAACUGUUACAGGCACUUUUUUGGUCACCACUUUUGGCUUGUUACAUUAAAAUGGCAGAAAAGAGUAACAGGCCCUGUCCCAAAUGGUCACCAUUUGUGUUAUCCUCACUUUGGUGAUGUAAUGCCAUAUGGAUUGUUGAGUGUAGACUGC